UUGCACGUAUUGAGUCCAUCAGAAUGUAUAAAUAAGUUUUAAUACAAUUCUUUUUGCUUUCAAACAACAAAUUCUCCCACUUGGAUUUUCAACAUGGCGGACCUACAAGAGAGGAAACUUAAAGAUGCCCAAAUGAGAGCCACGAUCAACCAAAAGCUGGUUGAGACAGGAGAAAGAGAAAGAUUGAAAGAACUCCUAAGGGCUCGUCUUAUUGAAUGUGGAUGGAGAGAUCAGUUGAAGGCCUAUUGCAAAGAGAUUGUCCAGCAGAAAGGCUUGGAGCACAUUACUGUUGACGAUUUGGUCAGUGAAAUCACUCCUCGAGGCAGAUCUCUUGUACCUGAUGAUGUGAAAAAGGAGCUACUGCAAAGAAUCCGAACAUUCUUAGCCCAGCAAUCAGAUGUGUGAAGUUAUUUUCCUUUGCUCUGUUUUGUUGCAGUGUUUGAACACUUAAAAGAGACUUCCAUGCAUAGUAUUAUAUUAUUGAUGGCUAUUUUGUCAACUCAGUCGUCCAAGCGGGCUAUGUUUAUACUUUAAUGUAGACCUUAAAUUGUAUAAUGUAUUUUGAAUAGAUUUUAAGUACUUUUUCUUGCUUUGUAUAACACAUGUAUCUGUGUAUGAUAUCACAUGUAAAUCUUAUGCUCACCACUCAUUAAGAAAGAUCUUGUUGGGUUUAUAUGCACGGAAAUUUGUAGUGCUGCAUAGAACUGAGAAAAUGUGUUUAGGGAUCAUAGGGGGUUGAGUUUUCCUGAAAUAUGAUGACUUGUUAUUUUAUGAGUAGUCAAGCAAAUAUGGUUAGUUGGUGCAAGUUUUAGCUUCAAGUGAAGCUUUCCUCUGUGAUUUGGAGGCUAAUGUUUUAUUGUGUAAUACAGUUGCUCAACAUGAGUUCAGGCUAUACAUAAGCUUUGUUUGCGGGUCACAUUCUUCUCCUUUUCAUGUUUGCCUUCACUUUCAUGCAGCAGGCUAGUACUUGUAUUGCCAAUGGAAAUGUUUUUUUGUGUGUCUGUAAUUUUGAUUGAGAUUGAUUCCGGUUCUCUCCUAUCUUUUCCCUGCCACAGUUUAUUGUGAAAGCGUGCUGUGCAAGUCUAUUGUUAAAUCAAUUGAUUGUAAAAAGAACAGGCCCCAUUUGUAAGAGAUGCUGUGUGAACAGACUCCUUCUUUAGCACAUUCCAAGAUGAAGACGUUUUUACGAGAAGGGUUUUAUAAAAUUUUAGUAAAUGAAUAUGUUGGAAAAGUUUGUUUCAAAUGGUCCAGAAGCAAGUUGCUCUUUUUUUACUUGCAUGCUUUCAAUAUUAGUUUUUCUAGUCUCUGAUACUGAGCACUGAAUGUACAGGAUUUUUUUUGUUCACCCUUUCCCCCCCUGCCCCAAUGCCAUUUUCCAGAGAUUUGGCUUCAUUGAGCACUAUUUCAUGGAAGAGAGGAGCAGUGCAAUUAUGCGUGCAAUCUCCACAUCUUUUGUUGUUGUGAUUUCCUGAUUCGCUUUUGACAUGUACUUCUUGUGCAAGGCUUCAGUGGUAUCCAAAUUUGUCCUUAAAAUUUUGUUCUGCUUGUUUUUCUGUUUUUGCUUACUGUGGUCAUGUUGAACAAUUGAGUAAUGAAUGUGUGGUGUUUUAGACUGCCCCAUUAUGGCCCUAAGAGAAAUGUUUUCUCCCUAAAAAGAGAAAACAAAAGACAAUGUUGAAUUAGGACUUGCUUUGACUUAGGUUCCCUCUUCACAAAAAUUGGAACAAAUUUUGUUUUUAACAGUUUGUCUCGAAUGGUGGCAACAAAUGGUUUGAUUACUGUCUGAAUGCUGACUGGAAGGUUGUGAGGGAUGACACUUGUUGGUUUGCCCUGUAUGUAAGGAUGAAAGGUUGAAUAUUCGCAAUAAUGUAUGGUUUUUAUUUCAUCUUAAUUAUGAGUUCAGUUUGCACUGAAUUGUGGUUGUCAGAGGCUAUGUGUCAUCAGCAUUUUCUAGCUCUGAGAGUUGAUCAAAAUCCUUUGUCAUUGCAACUCUUUCAUGAUGCAUAUAUAAUUAUCACCUACCCCAUUUUAUGAUAUCUACGUAAUGCUUUUACUUUAUCAGCCAGUUUGUUUUUUUGCAUGUUCUAUGCAUUACAUUAGCCUGUAAUGCAUAAAAUGAUAUUGAAUAAACAUUACUGCUGAUACUAAUUUUCAA